AUGAACUAAUAGUCAUUGCACUAGUAAUAGUCAAUCUCAAAGAUUCCACCUUAAAGUCCAAUUAUUUAGAAGCCUAUGACUAAAAAGAUUCAUACUCUUCAUAGGCCUAAAUCAUCUAUCAAUCUAUAGAUUAAGACCUCAGAAAGUUAGAAGGAUCUUGCUUCAAUAGAGAAACAAAUCACAGAAACUUUGCGCCAUUAGUAAAUUUAUUAGGAGCAAGAAUUAAUCUUGACAAAUUAGCUUCAAAUUAACAAGAACCUAACUGUAAAAUAUUGUUUAUUUAUCUUUUAGAGUAGAUAUGCAAAUGCUUUGCACAACAAUGAAUCUGAGAAUUACAGUUCUAGUAAAAAAAAUAAAAGUAGAAAUAAGGAAGAAAAUAUUAAGUAAAAGACUUUAAAUAUUGAUGCUUCUAAGAACAUUUUCUAACUUGCAACUAAUUAAGAACAUGAUUUAAAGUAUGAAUGCCUUCCUAUCAGAAAGAUGAAGUUUCCCCAAUUAGCUACUCAAAAUAAAGUCCUAAUUUCAAGAAACAAUAUAAAAUUUGGAGCUAAUCCUUAGGAAGAUAGAGCUCAGUACAUGUCAAUAAAUGAGAUUCCUUAAACUAUGAAAUAUUCUGAAUCUACAGCAGUUCUAAACUCAAUACCUAUUUCUCAUGCUGCAUUGACUUCAAGAAACAAUGUUACAAAAAAACUGAAUAGUUCAUCAUCGCAAUCAAACAUUCAUGCUAGGAAUAUCCCUAUCACUAACAAUAAACAAGCGCAAUUGAAUCAAACAUUAGCUUAAAAAAUUGCAUAGCUAAAUCAAUACUCUUCGCAGUAGAAUCAAUUAUCUCGUCCCACAGCUAAAAAUAUUAUGACUUAUGCUAAAUAUAUCAAUAAUACAAGUAGAUAAGGAAGUAAUUCGAGAAAUGCUACAGGUUCAUCAAUGACAAGAGGAGCAAACAGUAAUGUAAUGAGAUAAAAGUCUCAAAUUAAGUCUAGGGAUAGACUUGAAAAUGACAUAAAUAAUAAUAGUAAACAGAUAAGCUACAUUAAUAAAGAUAAUUCAAGUACCAAUAGAUCUAAGUCAAGACUGACCUCAAUCAACAUCAUAAAGAUGUCUCAAUACAAUUUAAAAGUUAGCUUAAUUGGAUACUAGACACAAAGAUAAAGCUAGUCUCAUUCAAAGCUCAAACCAAUUUAAUAAGUAUUGAUUGAUGAAGAGCCUUAAAAUAAAAAUCUAAUAUAGAAACAUAAAAAGAUUCUAUAGACAAGCAGAUCAAAGCAGACUUUAUAAAGCUAACCAGCUGUAUAAAGUUUUUAUGAUGCUAAGGCAAAUAAUCCAGCCAAAGAAAUGAUUAAAAACUUCAUCAAAACUUCUUCUUUGAAAGAUUUGAUUAGGAAUACUCAGGCAGAACUGGAGAGGAGAAGAAACCAAGAAUUAAAUUUGUAUAUAAAUUAGGAAAGACUGAAGAAUGCUGCUACAAACACUUCAGACUCACAUAUUAAGAAUAUUCCAGAUCAGGAAUCUUAGAAUCAAGUGAAUAUAGUCAUCAACUAAAAUAAAUUAUCUCCAUCCUACAACAAUUGGCUACAGAAUUCUUAAGAUGACUAGCCACCAUCUUAAAGAUAAUCAUGCAAUCACUAUACUGUUUAGAAUGAGAUAAAUAUACUAUAAAAUAGCGCAGUUCCUAUUUAAUCUCCGGAGCCCGUUUUAUCAUAGUAGACAUUAGGAUAUCACUCAUUAGAUGAUGAUCCUUCUCUAUAAUACUCACCAAGCUAUUAUGAGAUGUCUGGUGGUACAAGUAGAUUUUAUAGAGAAUUAUAUAAGAAAUAGCUGAGUAAAUAUCAAAAUGACAGUGUCAUUGAUAAUUAGGAUCUCUAAGACACUCGAAGUAUUAAUAACAAUUAUAUGAGAAUCGAAGCUCAAUAUACUAACUAUGAUGAUGAUCAAUUAUUCAACUAGUUCUUGGAGGAUAAACGAGCUAAUGAAUUGCUAAAUACAGAACAUAAACUCUCCAUUCACAAGCAUAACUAAUAAUACUUAUCACUUAAUCACAGAUAAAACUUGAAUUAAAAUUCAGCAAGUGCUGAUAGAGGGGAUUUGCUAAACUCAUUUUUAACAAAUAAUUCAGUAUCAGCUCAUAGAUUUUCUACUUUCAACAACCAUCACAAAGAUAAUAUGCAUACAUAAAUGAGUACUGUUAAAAUAGAUGAGGCAGUAUUAGAAUAAAGUGCUAAUGAGGAAAAGUUCAAUAACUUGCUCUAGGCUUCAAAUUUGAAUCUGCUUAAGAGCAAUUACUUACAAUAGAAGAGUCUUAAUUCCUGUAGUAGUGGCAUCCAAACUCUUACAGAUUCCUAGAAUAGCCAAAAUAAUAACUUAUUAACUCCCUAAGCCAUGAUAGAUUAGCCAGUGAAUGACCUAAUAAACAACCCUAUUAAUGAUCAUGCUUCAUCUACUACAAAUUUGAAUGAGUUUUCCUCAGCAAAUUCGCAUUUCCCUUGGUAUCUAAGUUCGCAUACAAAGGAAUCUAAUAAAAAUGGGAAUGGCAGUUCUGGCUCAUCUUCAUUUUUGCAAAGGAAAAAGCGACAACUUGACGACUAGAUGAUGCUACUACAAUCUCAAAACUCAGAUAGCUAAAUGUAAUACGAAUAGAAUUGUUAUAAUCCUAAUGGAAGACCUACUUAAACAACAACCAUCACAAGCAAUAAUAUAUCUGAGAUUAAUCUUGAUACAAAAUCAUCAUAAAUGAAUCAACAUUAAAACUCAAAUGCGCUGCAUAAUAACUGGAUUACUAAAAAUCAUUAAGAAUUAAUAAGUCUUUAAAAUUCAGGUUUCUAUGAUGGGAAUGCUCCGAAUAACAAUCAACUAAAUGAAUACUAGCAGCAUCUAUUAUAGUUAUAAGAAGAAGAGCGACUGAGAAUAUUGAGGUUAAGACAAAGGACUAGCACAUUAUUCGAUGAGACUGACUAAUAGCAGGUUAAUCAAUGGAUCCACAGAAAAGCUAGAAUGCCUAGAGUCAUUAUAGAUGAAGAUGAAGAAAAAGAGGAUGAGGAGUAUUGA